GCGAGUGAGAGAGAAGAAGAAACAGCUGCUGCACAUGACAGCUGUCUCAGAGUCGCUCCAGCGGCGAGGGCUUCGUUCACGAGGCUCGGAACAUGCAACGCAUGUGACAUCAAAAUUAAUCAUUUAAAUUGAUGCUUCUUUGAGGAAAGAUUGCACAAUGUUUUCUGCAAUUAAAAGACUAGCCGGCAAGUCUGAUGGGGUCGGCAAUAUGUCUCCCAGACCGGCCCAUCAAUCCAUGCCUACAAAUCUUCAAAGAAAGUUUGCCAAAGGAGUGCAAUAUAAUAUGAAAAUAAUAAUAAAAGGAGACAGGAAUGUAGGAAAGACAUGUUUAUUCUAUAGACUGCAGGGACAGAAGUUUAUCGAAGAAUAUAUACCUACGGAAGAGAUACAGGUAGCAAGUAUACAGUGGAAUUAUAAGGCCACCGACGACGUCGUCAAGGUGGAGGUAUGGGAUGUUGUAGAUCGCGGUAGACGCCGCCGAAAAUUGGAGGGUUUGAAAAUGGACAAUGCUCCGACUAACGCAGAGAACGUUAUUGAGGAGCCUGCUCUGGAUGCCGAAUUUCUCGAUGUUUACAAGGGUACCAACGGCGUCAUCAUCGUAAUGGACAUUACGAAGAAUUGGACUUUUGAUUAUGUCCAGCGCGAGCUGCCGAAAAUACCUAGCCAUAUACCUGUCAUCGUCCUCGGCAAUCAUUGUGACAUGUCGCAUCACAGAACUGUUACCGCGGAUCACGUGACGUAUUUUAUAGAUUCAUUGCACGAGAGAACAGCACAAGUGAGAUAUGCAGAGUCAUCGAUGCGAAACGGUUUUGGUCUAAAAUUGCUGCACAAAUUUUUUAAUUUACCGUUUCUACAAUUGCAACGCGAGACACUGUUAAAGCAGCUUGACACCAACGAGGAAGAAACACGUUUGACUAUCCAGGAACUCGAUCUUUUCCAAGAUAGCGAUGACGCUGACUAUAACAAAUUCCUAGAUAAUCUCGUGAAUCGUAGAAGAGCUCUCGCUGACUCUGUAUCCGCCAGUAACUUAAUCUCAAAUGUUAUUUCGUCAUCCAUGAGUAAUCAUCACCUUGCACCUUCCAAUGCGAAUAUCACUGGAGAAGUCAGACGGUCAGUGUCAAUGCCCGGUCCGAUUGGCGGUGGAACUCCAAUACCAGUGAAAAAUUUGGAAAUGAAAUUGUUACCAAGAAAAGAGAGCUCCGUGACAAGUACUUUGGAGAACGUAUCCAAUUCUACGAAAACAUCACAGAUUGCGACAUCAUCCGUUUCGCAAAAUUCCACUACUAAGAUAGAAAUGGCCAAAUUGGCUGAAUUUGUGAAUGACAACGAUGAGAGAAGAGAUUCGCUCAAUCGAUCGUCACUUAUGUCCAAAAUCUUCGGUCACAAAAAGGAAGACGAAACGGAUGGGAAACUGCCAAAUAUUAAAAAUCUUAGUUUAAACGCACCAUUAACCAGUGUUGAAGAUUUCGUUCCAGAUGAUGGAAUGCUAGAUAAAUCGUUUUUGGAAGACAGUCAUGUCUCGCCUCAAAAAGUACAGCAAGAACAAGCAGAUUCUGAGAGUGACAUGGAAACAGGUAAUCCUCUAGUAGCUGGCUAUGAGGACGACUUAUCAUCCAUCGAAGAAGUAGCUUCUCCUGUACAGCCAAAAUUAGCAGAAAAUCCCCUCUGUAAACAGAAACACAAGUUAGAACCGUUAUCAGGUCCAGAGAUAAAUAUUGAGAAACCAAGACAAGACAUGAAACGUGAUUCUGUUUCUUCCAUAGAACAAGAAUUGCGUAUUUCUAAUGAAUAUGAGUCGAAUGAGCAACCAGAUAUAAACUCAGACGCUUUUGAUAGCUGGCUACGACGGGAUUCAAAAUGGCGGCAAAGUCCUGAAGGAGGUGAAGACGUGAGUAGCACUAGUACGAGGAAAGACAGACUAGAAUUGAGCGAUAAGAGCCUGGAUGUUAGUGUGACGAGUUCUAACGUUCAUUUAGAGUUGCUCGAUGAUACUAGUAUGCGCCAUGUGAGUUCCAAUGCUAGUAGUCCAGUAAUGAAGGAGAGAAAGAAACAUAAAGAAAAGGGAGAUGAGAAAGAAAAGAGGAAAAAGAAAAAGUCAAAAGACAAAGAUAAGGAUAAAGAAACAGAGAAGACUGAAAAAAAGAAAAAACGCUCCUCACAUCGAUCGAGAGACGAGAAUCGAGAGCGAGAUGAGCUUGAAGAAUUUUUAAACGGCUCAGUUACGAGAAUCGGCAUCGAUGUGGCCUACGAAGCGAUUUAGCAUUCCAGAAAUAUUAUCGGUGACGUUUUUUAAAGGUCACACAUCUUCCAAGAAAAGACCUCACUCUCUUUAAUGUAAAAUGUAUGUUCCGUUCUCGAAAACGGAAAAACAAGAUUAUUCUUCAAAAUAAAAUAAAAUAAUAUA